AUGAAUCAAAAUAUUUUGAAUUUGUAUUAUUUAAAAAUUAUUAACAUAGAGUCCUUUUACUUGGUAAUCCCUGAGUUUUUUGACAUAAAUAUUUGCUUUAGGAUCAAACUCGAAGAUUGGUUCCUCAUAAGUUCAUUCCGACAUACUCGCUCUUGAUGCGAAAGAUACCUAAUUUUUGAUGUUUCAAUGUUGUUACAGCCUAAGUCUGUCCUCAUUCUCUUCAUCUCUGGCUCUUCAAGUACUUUGAUAGUAUCGUUCUUAUAAAUGAGCGAUACAUUAAAGACUUUGCUCAGGUUGCCAAACUUUCCAAAAUUUCAUGGAUUCUUGGCCUUAGGGUUGCCCUUAUUAAUAACAAGAGGGUUGGAGUUAUUCUUGCUGACUCUGACAGUAUUAACUCUCUCUGUAAAAUCGAAAUCCUCAGUGAUUUCACAAGAUUCGUGGAUAUCGUUGACAGCCAUGUUUACUUUCAUAAUUUUAUUUUAUUAAUAAAUAACAUUAACUUCUCUUUUUAUAUCUUUCCAAGAUGUAGCUUAUUCUCAGAAGUUUCAAAGUUAAGCCACGAAACUAUCAAGCAUCAUUGACGCAUCUUCUCCAAUAAUUGAGAGAACCUGCCUCGGCUCAGAAUUAGCUUACCCAAGCUGAGAUAA